GUUGUCUCACCGCUGUGCCUGCUCAACGAAUCCACUAUUGGUUCUUUUCUAAUUCAAAGUCAAUGUUUUUGAUUAAUUUUUAAUUCUAAUUCCUAGGCUAAUUCAGCGAAGAACAACCAAUAGUUAAAAAUCGAAAUUAUUUAUCACAACGGAUGAGAAGUGAGCCAAUCUCUAUAGUGAAUUUAAGACGGAAUCGAGAAGGAUAUCGAAAACUGGAGCUGGAUUUUUACCAAGCCAUGUGUCUCGCCAUCUGCAAAUCUCACGCAGUUGUUACGUGAAUGAAAAUUUUCAUUUUAGUUGUGAUGUAAAUAUCGUAGGUGAACGUGGAAUAUGUCAGAUCGAGUCGUUAUCAACGUUAGUGGCACAACAUUUGAGACAAGACCAGAGACRUUGAGGCGUUUUCCAAAAACUUUACUUGGUUGCCCGACAAAACGACAACGAUAUUUCGACACGUCAAUGAAUGGGUAUUACUUUAAUCGCCAUCGAAUUGCAUUCGAAUACAUUCUGUUCUAUUAUCAAUCCAAUGGACGACUUAUUUUGCCCGACGACGUACCAUUUCGGAUUUUUACCGAGGAAGUGCRAUUUUUUCAACUUGGCGAGCAGGCSCUGAAUUCCAUUGCUAAAGGAAUGUUGAAACCCACGCAAAGGCAUCACGCAAAAACUAUACAGGAAAAAAUAUGGAAUCUAUUUGAACAUCCUGACACUUCAAGCGUAGCUCGAGCAAUUGCUCUAUUUUCAAUCUCCAUGAUUGUCGUUUCUCUAGUCCUAUCUUGUAUAGAAACCCUUCCAUUUUUACACAACUGCCCCGCAAWGUUAAAUAGACAACCUACUUGUAAUGGUACUUCAAAUAGCUCAUGYUUUCAAGAAUCACCUGAAGAAUUGUGUCAAGAGCUAACGCUUGAAGUAUUUGUUACUAUUGAAAUAGUSUGUUAUACCUGGUUUUUGCUGGAAUAUAUCAUUCGACUUUGGUCAGCACCAGUGAAGUCRGCUUUCUUCUUCUSUACAUUGAACGUAGUUGAYAUUUUAGCGAUUUUACCGUAUUUUAUCGUCCUGCUCGCUGGAAAUAAGAAAAUGGUUUCCUUGUCCGUGCUYCGAGUCACAAGACUGAUUCGUGUUUUUCGAAUAUUUAAACUUACUAGAUAUUCUAGGGGGCUGCGAGUGUUGGGGAAUACAGUUCGCGCGAGUCUCAAAGAACUWGAGAUGGUCAUGCUGUUUGCAUUUAUGACUGUUAUACUAUCAUCAAGCGCUAUAUACUUUGCUGAUAUUGAAAGUCCAAACUCUCAAUUCAGAAGCAUUCCCGAUGCUUGYUGGUGGAGUAUUAAUACAAUUACAACUGUAGGUUAYGGUGACYUGGUCCCUGUCACCCAUUUAGGUAGAUUYGUUGGUUGUAUUUGCGCCGUACUAGGUGUAAUCGUAUUUUCCCUUCCCGUUAUGGCUCUCGCCACGAACUUUAACGCGUAUCUCAAAUCUGAACCUGUAAAAAUUCAACCUCCGCUUGCAGACAGUAAGUCGUUUAGGAGGACGACCGUGCGGUCGUACAAAUCAGGAAUGCGAUAAAACUGCCAUAGAAACUUCCAUUCAGAAUUGCAAGAUGCCUGAUACGUCUUCAUGGAUAUAGGAAUAUAAUAACAUUCAAAGUCAAAACGAAGAUGUAUUAAUAUUUUGAAACAGACAUAGUAUAAUAAAUUUUCGAAAACUUGUAACUUCAAUAAGCUCACCAGCAUGGUUUCACAUUGUAGAACAGCUGGAUUCGCAGUACGUUUUUACUAUGAACGUGAACGACUCUAUCUUGUAUCCAUUAAGAUUGUAAUUUUUAUUUAAAUUACAUUUAUUUAUUAAGAUUCAAGUGUGCCUUCAAGUAAACUACUGUCAAAUUAUUGUUAUUUUA